CCUAGUCCCUCAACCAACCAUAAAUCGACCCGGCCCAUGAUCAGCUUUACGCCUCCAUCUUAAAAAAGAACCCACAAAUGGCCCAUGUUCAUAAGAUUUAGACGUCAUGGUCUCAUAACUCCCUUAAUAAGAUUACGAAGUACUCCUAUUUGGGUGCAAUCGUGCAUGUUAAUAUCACCGGAAUCGAUACAAUCUCCGAAUGAAGCAGCGCUAAGACACAAGAUUGCAUAAAUCGACUCGGCUUUCAUUAUAAAACUCAGAUCCCGAGACAAUUUCUUUCAGCUGUCAUCAAUUUAGUUUAAGCAGAGGAAAAGGGGAAUGAGUUCAAAGCAGCAAGCAGAAAGAUUGGAUGCACAAGCAAUGCAGAGGGAGAAAGAAAGGGAAAGGCGGCGUCUUAGAGACAGGAUAAGAAGACAGAACAUGAGCCAAGAACAAAGGGAUAAACAUCUUGCAAGACGCCGUAGAAAUUAUCAGCUCAGGAGACUCAGGGCUCAGAAUGCUAAAUUGCCAACAGAAUGCCAACAAAUUCAUGCAGCUGACCUCCUUCAAAUCAAUAACCUCCUUUCUGCCACUUCUCCUAUGCUUGAUGACUUGCCAUCUAGCUCUGAAACUCAAGAAGGAGAAGCUCAGAACAUGAGGAAAACCCCCAGAAGGUUACGCGUAAGUGAUAUAAGACAUUUAGCUAGAAGAUUACAUGGUGAUGACCAGCAGCAAAAUGGGGAACUUCUGACAAACUGUGUAGUAACCACUAAGAGAUUGAGGUUAACUCAUGUCAAACGCCUGGCUCGAGCAGUUAAGCUUACUGACAACUAGAAUUCUUUCAUAUUUAUUCACAUAUUGCAAGUCUAUCUAAUGUGUAAUGUCAUGCUGAGGUAUAACCAGUCGACUGACCGGUAAACAGAUUCUCAGGAGCUGCACCUUAGUUAUGCAGUGGUCAUUGCAAAAUGUAUGGUGAAUUCACAGUGUAUUGCACAAUUCUGAUAUGUUUGUACUAUACUUGAUGUUUCUCAUGUUGAUACUCAAUGUUCUCAGAAUCCACGAUAGUAUAGUAGUCCACCCAUGGGUAUGGAUACUUAAUUACCUUACACUUCUUUCGACACGUACCUGUUUGGCUGUUUCUGAUAGAGUAUUCAAGUCUUAGUUUGUACUUAUAAAAAAACACUAAUGCCAAC